GUUUCAUUAUCAUUUUAUGUCUUAAAAUGUUGUCUUAUGUCUCAAGAUGGUGGUAAAGUAGUGGUGUUACCAUAGUCAAGUCUGGGUGAGGCAGUAGGACCGAGCUAGAAUUAUGUUGCCUGGGGUGUUUUAUGCGUUGAUCGCUGGGUUUUUGGCAGCUUUAGCAUCAUCUUCUGCUAAGUUGUCCUUGGGUGCUGAUUAUCUGAAAGGUGUGUGUGAAACAGCGCGGAUCUGGAUAGAUGGUCAAGGAAACACCACAGGAGUUGAUACCACAGCUUGUGACUGGUUACAUAUACCUCUGCGGCUGCUUUGUGGUGGUCUUCUGUUCACCUGCAAUGCUGUGAUGUGGACCUUCUUCGCCAAAGCCCUCCGACACUCGUCUUCCUCUGCCCGGGCCACUGUGACCACCACUGCCUCAAAUUUUAUCUUCUCUGCUAUCCUUGGACAUGUGAUCUUUGGCGAAACUCAUGCCACGUUGUGGUGGGUCGGUAUCAUUUUGACCCUGACAGGGCUUCUUGUCUUGCAUGGAUCGACUCCUCAGGCUCCACGGGAAAAUGUGGAAAAGAAAUAUGAGUGACAGAACAACACAAACAUUGCCUUAAUCUAAUGCUUGAAG